UUACCCUCCCUGCAAUCCACUAUUAUAAAACAGCAGAUCCAAGACCCCCUUCACUUCUUAAAAUUCCGAGCAAACAUGAUCAAAACCACCCCCACAUCAAUGUCUAAGCCAAGAUUGGAGGGCAAGGUGGCACUGGUGACGGGUGCAGCCAGCGGAAUUGGCGAGGAAGCAGUGAGACUGUUUGCUUCCCACGGCGCACUCGUCGUCGUCGCCGACGUUCAAGACGAGUUGGGUCAUCAAGUGGUCUCAUCAAUCGGUCCAGACCGCGUCAGCUACCGCCACUGCGACGUGCGCGACGAGAAACAAGUAGAGGAGACGGUGAAUUACACAUUAUCAAAACACGGGAAGCUCGAUAUUCUGUUCAGCAAUGCGGGAAUUAUAGGCCCGUUGACAGGGAUUCUGGACCUUGACAUUGAAGGAUUCGACAACACAAUGGCUACCAACGUCCGAGGCGUCGCGGCCACAAUCAAACACGCGGCUCGUGCCAUGGUUGGUAAAAAGAUUCGAGGAUCGAUUAUUUGUACUACGAGCGCUGCGUCUUCGAUUGGGGGAACUGGUCCACAUGCGUAUACGACGUCGAAACAUGCUCUGGUGGGUUUGGUUCGAACGGCUUGUUGUGAAUUGGGGGAAUAUGGGAUUCGAGUGAAUUGUGUUUCUCCGUUUGGGAUUGCGACGCCAUUGUCGUGCAGGGCGUAUAACUUGGAGCCGAGUGAAGUUGAAGCAAAUAGUUGCGCUUUGGCUAAUUUGAAGGGGAUUGUUUUGAAAGCUAGGCAUGUUGCAGAGGCUGCUCUGUUUCUUGCUUCUGAUGAAUCUGCUUACAUUAGUGGCCAUAAUCUGGCUGUUGACGGCGGCUUUACGGUGGUCAGUCACAGUUAUUCGGCAAUCUGAAAGUGUUGAUUUUGUUGUUCAUAGCUUGGGGAAAAAUGUCAACAGGUUAUUUAAUGUUGGAACACAAAGCUUUGUUACCCAGCAGUAGCACUGCCAUGUGCAUUCCCUUGUAAUUUGUGAAAUCUUAUGUUUUUGAAAUAACCCUUCUCCGCAAUACUUGGCAACAAUUAGA